AUGGACGCAGCUGCAGUGGUGACUCUUCUGGCUCUGCUGGUGGCGAUGGCUGGCGUCAGUCGGGCUCUUCACAUCCAGGGUGGUGUGGACAAAAAUGACAUCCUGCCGGGCAGCUCAGAGGAGAACAUGGUCGACCGCCUGUUGGGGCUGGAGAGUGAAAACACAGAUAGCAGCGUUGACGAUCGCCUGCUGACCUCAGUGCUCAGAGCUCUGCUGCUCGGAUCUCAGAGAGAAACCAGGAACUCAGUCCUGCAUCAGCCUCAGAGGUUCGGCCGUGAUUCCAGAGGGCAGGUGGUGAUGGACGACCAAAUACACACUCGUAACUGGGACGCCGCAGCCCCCAGUCAGAUCUGGAGUAUGGCCGUCCCCCAGAGAUUUGGCAAGAAGUAA